GCGUGCACUGCACUCCUUGCCAUUGAUGAGUCAUCAUCACCACUGACGACAGGCCACAGACAAAAGUGAAGCGCUGACGAGAGGGACGAGAAGAAGCGAUGUCGUCGUGCAGUGCUGUUGUUGUGGCUGCUGCUGCUGUGCUGCUGUUGUGCUUGGCCAGCACAGCAGGUGCUGCCGCUGUUGUUGUGGAUGCUGCAACCCAUGUGAAGGCCGCUGCUUAUCCCGACUGGGCUCAUCACCACUGGGUCUGGCUCGAUCAUGGUGGAAAUGGCCAAGCAGACUGCCUCCAACUUGCAAAGGACUACAUGGCACACAACAUCACCGUUGGUGCCGUGGACAUUGACUCGACAUGGGAGGUCGGCUUCAACAACUUUGAAUUCAACACUGACAAGUUCCCCAAUGCAUCUGCGAUGGUUGAGGAGUUCCACAAGAUGGGCGUCCGCGUAAUCUUCUGGAUCACCAACAUGAUUGACACCGACUCUCCAAACUAUCAGGAUGGAUACAACAAAGGAUACUACGUCAGGAACGUGCUUGGCAAGCAAGGCACGGUCAAGUGGUGGCACGGACACGGCAGCAUGCUCGACUACACCAACCCAGAGGCGGUCGCCUGGUGGCACAAGCAGAUGGACAACGUGCUAGACAUUGGCAUCGAUGGCUGGAAGUGCGACGGCACAGACCCGUACAUUCUCGAGUUUGUCACUCCCCACGGAUACAACGGCUCCAUUGCCUGGCAUGAGUAUUCGGACAUGUACUACGGCGACUUCUUCGACUAUACGCGCAAGUACGAUCGCUUGCCUGCGUGCGCACACGUGCUCAUGGCGUGA